AUGACAGGCGGAGGCGACGAGAGCGAUGAUGACAGUGAUGGUGGUGAGGAAUCUAAAGGAGAUGGAAAAAACCGCGCGGAUGGAGUAGCAACACCUUCGAGUGAGUCCAGCGAGGAUGUUGGCGCAUUCAAAACUCCACUAGGGGUGCCACGAAAGAGUAGUAAGCAAACGACCAACUCAUCAGGUAUGUUAUCCGUACUCAUUCUUGGAGCGCUAAGUCUCGCCACCUUUCGCAAUUCGAAACCUUAUGACAAAAAUCAUCCUCAACAAAAGGAGACGGGAAUAAUGCGGCUGAAGCAAGCUCACGACGGUCUGGUAGAAAUGGUGAUGAUUCCGAAAAAAGUGGCACCAACAGUAAAAAUUCUGAUGACUUCGAUCUAA